CCGCCUCCGGAACAGGAAGCGCCCGCCCCGCUCUGUCUCCUGUCCUCUCCCAGUCACCAUGUGUGCAGCUCCGGGGACAAGGUCAUCCACUCGUGGCGUUCUCCACGCUCCUAUGGAAACCAGGCAGUGAUUAUCAUCCUUUGUGGGGAGUCAUCAGUCUUCAAAAUGUCCUCAAUUAGGGGAGCUCACAUGGGGAUGUGCAUGCUGCGUUGUGGGCCACAGACUGGAGUGCCACUGCUCUUCCAUCCCAGGCUAAGUCACAGUGUCGUAAUGUCAUGUUGUAAAAGCAGCAGCAUGUCUGCUGUGGCUGGUGACAAGCAGUGGGCAACAGACAACAGUGGUGAAAUGAAGAAGGCAGCAUCUUGUAGGCCCUUAAAGCCCUUUAUAACGGACCCUGGUCUUGUAAAUACGGUUUCCAAAUGCUUACAACAAUGGGGAGAUAACAGAACUGCUCCAAUUGUUAUGGAGUGCAACCCAGGUCCUGGAAUUCUUACCCGGGCGUUGCUAGAUGCUGGCAUCAAAGUGGUGGCCUUGGAAAGUAAUGUACAUUUUCUUCCUCAUUUACAGGAUUUACAGAGUAAAGCAAAUGGGCAGCUAAAAGUUGUUCACUGUGACUUCUUCAGGCUGGAUCCCUGGUCAGAGGGACUUGUUGAGCCUCCAUCUAUGUAUUCCAGCACUUUGAUGAAGCAUUUGUGCAUAAAUGAGGUUCCCUGGGCUUCAGAUAUUCCUAUUAAAGUUUUUGUGAUGCUUAACCUUAAAAAAGAGAGGAAUUUACUCUGGCGGCAAAUGUUUCUUCUCUACGAACAACUUUCCAUUUACAGAUAUGGCAGAAUUGAAUUAAAUGUGUUUAUGAGUGAAAAUCAAUAUGAGAAACUUGUUUCUAAACCUGGAGACUUAAGAAAAUACCAGGCACUGGGUGUGCUGUAUCAGGCUGCCUGUGAUAUUCAGCUUCUACACAAGGAGCCCUGGCCCACAUUUAUGAAAACUAUGAAAUCUAAAGGUUCUGGAACAGCCAAGUCCGGGGAUCUCCCAGAUGAAAACUUGUGUUUAGUACGGAUAACCCCACAAAGGAACUUGUUCUCUGAGAAAUUUACACCUGCAGACGGCAAUACAUUCAUACUCAUGGUAAAACAAUGUCUGGCAAAGCGCAAGUCAAGAUUAAUAGACAAACUCAAUUCCUUCGAUCCAGGAAGUGGGGAACAGCUGGUGGAAAGUUUAGCUCUGCCCAAGACCAUAACAACAGGCAGCAUCUACCCGGAGGAGUACAAAUUUCUUUUUGAGAUCAUGUCCCGUUCAGAGGAAUUUGAUCCAAAUUUUGUUCUAGAUGAUACAUGGGAAGAUAUAGCAUGUAAAAGUUAUUAAAUCAAUCAACAAUAA